UAUAAUUCAUAGUCUUACAAAAAAAAUGUAUUUAACAACUUCUCGUUGUUUUUAUAUUUCUUAUUCAAAUUUAGAGACUUGAAUGCCACUGUUGUGGACUGAUGAUUUGGGUUGCCUUGUUCUGUGCACUACCCCAACAACCCGUGCGGUGAUGGCGAGGAAACCCCGUUGACAAGGCACUGCUUUUUCAUGACGUUCCUCACCCUGCAGCCCACGAAGCAAAGGGUGUUAAAUGACUGAAUUCAUGCUUCCUGCUGGAAAUCUGUGUCAUGGAUGAUGAGGAUGAUCGCCAUCUUCUGGAUAUUUUAGGAGAUGUGGAUGCAUUGAAUGACUAUCUCCAUGGCAGCAACAGCAAGUCUAUUGAGGAGGAUGAUGUAACAAAUGCAGCCUAUGGGUCGGAUGGAUCCUUCUUUUCUAGUGACACAGUUGGCUCCAACUCUGGCCUCAAGGAUGACUCUUCAACAAUGGGUGAAUUCUGUGAGGAUUCAACAGGGGCAGGCCUCCAGCUCUCCAGCACCCUUUCAUUUAUCGAGGAUGAAUUGGGGUCUGGGAACUCCCCUGGAGGGGUGGAUUUUGGGGGAGAGGACCAGCCCUUUGACAUACUACAGAAGUCUCUCAUGGAGGCUGACAUCACAGAGCAGACGUUGGCCCAGGAGGCCUUACUAGACUCCCAGCCCGCUCCCACUUUGGUGCAGGCUCCUGUUUCCUUCCCCUCCCAGCUGGUCUCUGGGGGUUAUGGAGGGGGUGUGGUAACAACGGCGACAGGUGCGUUCCCCACAGGUCAAUUCCUGCAAGGAGUGUCCCAGCUGCCCAACGGGUCCGCCCAGCACAUCCAGGUGUUGGGCUCCUUUGGGGCGGGUGGUGGCGUGAUGACUCUAAGCAGCUUGGAGAGAACUUCUCAACUUGUGCUGAGGCCGAGUACGCCUGUAGCCCCGGCGGGGGCCGCUACAGGGGGGCAGGUGUUUGCCCCUAACCAAGGGCAGGUAGGCCAAGUUGGCUUACCGUUCAAAAACAUCCCCCUUCAAAAUAUCAUCAUCCAGAGAGGCCCGGGAGGGACUCAGACUCUUGUCAGACCUAUCCAGCCUAAACCCCUUCAAGCUGGGGCUCAAACUGUCUACAGCCUUGGUCUUCAGGCCACUCCCACCACCAUGGCUAAUGUAGUUAACGCUAACACGGCUUCUCCUGGGGGACAGUACACAGCCAAUGGCUCCAUUGUAGUGCAGUCGCCCAUGGAGCAGCAGCAAGCACAGGCCCAGACUAAUAUACCACAGGGACAGUUCUUAAUGCCCAGCUCUUUGGCACUCAAUCCAGCUAGCACCAUCCACAAUGGCCCCGCUGACUCCAACUCAAAUGCCCUAGUUACCAGUCAAAACGCGGUGCAGAUUGUUGCGGGGCAAAACUUCACUGCACCACCAGGAGGCCAGCUAAUUUUUAAUCAGGGAGUAGUCAGUAGGAGUCAGGUUGGAGGGGUUGUAACUCAAACAUGGACCGGAGUUUCUUGUGCGAACCCUGUGCAGACAUCAUGCUCUCCUGGGCGUCUGACUCUCGUUGGCCCGGCGUCGUCAGGGAUCGGCGGUCAAAGCCAAGUGUCGGCGAGCCCCGUUCAGCGCCUUCUAGUGACUCAAACCCAGAAUUGCACUUCUCUGUCCCCUUUAGCUGGUACUGUGACACAGGAACAAGACUACAGACAGAAUUCUUCAUCACCUGCCCUAAAACAGGCACAGCUCAGCGGCAACCAUGCCAUGACUCAAGAUUCAAAACUGAACUCUCAGGUCAGUGCUCAGAAGAGACCUGCCCUUCUGCCACUUACAAGAGGAGAAAUGAUUUUACAACAAUUGAGGAAAGAUCAUGCUGGAGUUCAGACCCUAGAUCCGCGUCGAUUCAGUUCAAUCGAGGAUGCACUCCAAAGACUCCUCCCGUACCACGUGUUCCAGGGGGCUCCACCCAGCCAGGAGGAGUUUUCACAAGUGGAUGAAGAAUUUGAGGUAGUUGCAACUCAAGUGCUAAAGAGGACCCAUGCCAUGGUCAACAAAUACAGACGGCUACUGUUGGUCGAAGCUGAGCGUUCCAGUCCGUCAUCAGAAAUGGUGAUGAUUGACAGGACCUUCAACCAAGAGGAGCGUGGCAACUUGACACAAGACAAACGCAUGGUACUAGUGGAUCCAGACAACUUCUUGGAAGACUUCUGCUGUGGGAUGAAAUCAAAACUUUUCCAAGAUCCCUUGCCCUCUCAGUCGUCGUCCAAGUCAGACAGAGGCUCUACGGAGCCGCCGUUCAGGACAGACCCCCGGCCCGGGUAUGGGGACCCGGGAGGGGGCGGAACUGUAGUACCAGGUGCGGCAGAUAGACUCCACCCUUCACUCUUAGAAAACAAGAGUGUCCUGGAACUGAAGAGAUCCCAGCAACACUACGGGCCAAGCAGCGCCAGCAACAAUGGCCUCAACGCUGCCAACAGUUUUCCCCAAGGUAACCCCUCACCUUUAGCAACAACAUCAAGAGGACAGACGCCCCCCCUGUCCUCUCAACCGAUCCAGCCCGAGUACCCCCCUCAGCUCAGCUCACCCCCUCACACCGACACAGACUCUGCUCUUGAGGCAGCAGUCAACAGCAUCUUGGAAUGUUAAGACUGAUGUCAUCCCCAAUGUAUGGUUUCAACUUCUUGUGUGUGUAUGUUUUUUGUUGUCAUCCCACUUUCCUGUUGUAAUAUUUGUUGUAUUCCCGCACAACCCUGUGUGAAGAGAGGUUUACUCGUCUUUCAGGUCUAUUAUCUUUGUGAUACGAUCUCCGGUAAUGUAGCAUGUAUUUAGUUUGUUUUGGUUUACUUUU